GACGCAGUUAGUUUGUAAUCUUUUUCACGACAGUGUCGCAAAUCCCACUGAUUGUGGCAGAUACUCCAUGGAAACGAACUCGCGGCAGGAGUUUUGUUUACAUGCGUGGGGAGCCAACAGCUACGGGCAGCUGGGACAGGGACAUGCGGAGGACCAGUUGGUGCCCCGGCUCUCUGACACCGCUGCUCUACGACACAGGACAGUCCGGGCUGUCGGCGGAGGUGGCGGGGGACACUCCGUGGUUGUUACCGAGAAUGGAGAGGUGUUCGUGUGUGGGCAGAAUCACAGAGGCCAGCUGGGACUUGGUCACACCUCAGACAUCUUAACUCUUCAACUCUGCUCCAGCCUGAAUCAGAGGGUCACAAAUGUAGCCUGUGGUUGGGAUUUUUCUCUUUUUCUCGAUGAUUGUGGUAAAUUAUUGGCAUGUGGCUCCAAUGCAUUUGGCCAGCUGGGUGUUGGACAGACAGUUAAACACUCUGCAGAUCCACUUGUUAUUGAGAGUCUGAAGGAGCCAGUGGUGAGUGUAGCAGCAGGACUCAGACACUCACUCGCUGUUACUGAUGCAGGCUGUGUAUACCAGUGGGGAACAGGUCUAUUCAGUCAUGCCAAGAGAGCCCUCAGUCCUCACCCUGUCCCAUCACACCUAAACUCUAAGAUGCCUUCUCUGGUACCAGGUCUGGAUCAGAAGACAUCACUUAUUGUAGCUGCAGGCUCAACGCACUGUGUGUGCCUUACAGGAGAUGGUGAUUUGUUUCUGUGGGGAAGCAACAAGCAUGGCCAGCUGACCACCACAGAGCCCUUCUUGUCCUCUCCCACUCUGCUGAAGCGCUCACUACUAGGUGGAGAGACAGUUAAAAAUGUGUGGAGCGGCUGGACUCACAUUGUUGCCCAAACAGAAAGCGGGAGAGUGCUCACAUGGGGCAGAGGAAAUUAUGGACAGCUGGGCCGACCAACAUCAACCAGCCGGAACCCAGAGCGGUCUUCAGCAGAAGGUGGCAGCCAGGAGGUUUACUUACCUGCAGAGGUUAAAGCCCUCUGUGGAGCAACACAGAUUGCAUGUGGAUCUGAACAUAACCUCGCCAUUUUAGGGGGGUGUCUGCUCUCCUGGGGCUGGAACGAACACGGCAUGUGCGGAGACGGUUCCGAGACCGAUGUCUUUGAGCCACAGCUCAUUUCCGGUCUCAGACCUCUUCUCAUUGGCUGUGGGGCCGGACACUCUAUGGCUGUGUGCGCUGCGACGACUGGCUCAAGACAAAACUCUGCGCCGACUCCACUUCAGUAAUAUCGGAGCUGGAACAUUUAUUAUUUAUUAUUCAGCAUGUUACAAUCAGAGACUGAGAGUUAACUCUAAAAACAGAAUGACUUUGCGAAUGAACACAUUUAUAUUUACUGAUUUACAGUUGGCUUAUGAGAGCUUUGCAUCACUUAUAUGUGAUCAUUUUAAGUGCCUUUAAAAACAGUAACUUUCACCUUCUGUUGGGCAUCCUAAGCCCCUUCAGCAGUUAACUGGCGAAAGCACGUCUGACUUCACACUGGACUUGUCAUAAAUACUGUCGUGUGGCUGGACACAGGCUGAAUUAUGUUUCAAGUGGACAGAGGCCAUCAUUUCUGUGACCAGACCAUCAGUUUGAUGGGCAUAACUGGAGAGGGAGGGGGAGGGGGGUAGGCGAUGGCUUUUGCAGGAUAUGGCCAUGCCUAUGGCUCCUGGUCCACCUGCCAUGUUUGUCUUCCUGAACGAUCAUGUGAGGGAUGGGCUAGACUGGUGCUGUAGCUCCAUCUUCCUAUGUCAGCGGUUUUAUUGCUGUGAUCUUGAGUGUCAGGAAGCAGUCAAUCUCUGAUCCACACCUUCAUACUGAAAAUCUCAUGAUUUACCAUUUACACACAAAGUGCAGUAUUUUUUCUUUGCCGACUGUCCAUCACUCAUUUAUAUUCUUGUCAGUCUCUGACAUAUUCUUUGAGGCUGUGUUUGUCCUAUUGGCACCCUUUUCAUACUUUAUACUUCAUUAAUCCCUCUUGGGGGAAAUUCGUCAGCUGUGUUUGACCCAUCCUACAUAUUUAUAAGCAGCGGGCAUCCGCAGUGCAGCACCCGGCGACCAACUGCAGGUCUGAAGCCAACGCUGUGGUCAAGAGGACUCAGAAUGGCUCAAAGAUGAUAUAUUUGCAUUGUAUUUACUUUUCUUUUCAUUUAGAAGUUUUUAUUUUAUGAUAAAUUUAUGCAAACUAAAUAUGGAAAUAGUAUCACUGAAAUUAUGCACUGAGAAUUUAAUUAAUGUGAUUUUACCUGGAUUAGUUUGAAAAAAAUAAAUCAACACUCGCUGAAAAAUGAUCAUUUCUGUGUUUUUUUUAUUUAUCACUAUUUAUUGUACAAGCCUGAACUGUAUUGGUCAGAAAAGACACAAAAAAUCCCUAAACAACAAACCAAUCAAAACGAUCACUGAACACCUUAUUGAGAUAACUAACCACAAAAUGCACGGUGUUCAAAACACACACUCUGAAGUC